GAUGCCUUGCUGAUACGAAAGGUCGACGUGUUGUUUUAAUUACAACUUUAUUAGCAGAUGGCAUAUUCGGAAUAUUAUCUUCGUUUGCACCGAUUUAUAUAAUUUUUAUGUUAUUCCGAUUAGUAAAUGGAUUCAAUGUUGCAGGAACUAUGAGUAUAAUAUUCCCUUAUUUGGGUGAAUUUCAAACUACACAGCAUAGAGAAAAAAUUUUAUGUUGGAUGGAACUUUACUGGACUUUUGGAAUAAUAUUGCUGCCGGUAUUUUAUUGGGUCUUUGGCUAUUUGCGUUCCCUGAAAGUCCCAAAUUUCUUCUGGAACACGGAGAAUCGGAAAAGGCCUUAGAAGUUUUAGCACUUAUUUAUGUAAAGAAUACUGGACAAAGCCGCAGCAACUAUCCCUGCACUACUCUGAGGGAGUCAAUUCGACCACUUCAGAGAGAUGGAGAGACGAAUAUUCAGAAUCAACGAAUAGGUAACUUUACUGAACUCAAAAAUUUAUCUGUGGAGAUUUGGGAUCAAACAAAAACUCUAUACAAGCAUCCGUACUUGAAGAACUCCGUUAUAACAUGUGCUAUUCAAUUCUGUCUUACCACGAGCUAUUAUACAUUGAUGGUUUGGUUCCCAGAAAUAUUUCAAAGAUAUGAUGAUUAUGAGAAAGUCCAUCCUGGAAUACCCGCAUCUGUUUGUGAUAUUUCAUCAAUCGUUACAUCAAAUACAACUUUUGUAGACUGCGAGUCGGAAAUCGAUCAUACAGUGUUCUUUCACACAUUUAUAAUUGGUUUGGCUUGCAUACCAACAAGUUUCUGGCUACCACUAUGUGUUCACAAAUUGGGAAUCAAAUUCUUUUUGGUUUUCAGUUUGACGGCAGCCGGAUUUGUAACUUUGGGUUUUUAUUUCGCUCGAAGUUCUUUUGAAAACUUAAUUUUGUCAUGCAUUUUUGAAGCACUGACUUCGCUUAGCAUCAGUACUUUAUAUUGUGUCUUGGUGGAUUUAUUCCCAACAAAUUUGAGGGUAAUGGCAGCGGCAAUGUCCAUGACUUUUGGACGCGGAGGAGCCUUAUUGGGAAACCUUAUAUUCGGAUUGCUCAUUGAUUUAAACUGCAUAAUACCAAUAAUCAUUUUUUCGGGUAUGCUGUUCGCAAGUGCCUUUUUAUGUUGGAUUUUACCCACAACUGGAGCGGAUGCCUUAAACUAAGACUAUCAUACAGCUACUAUUUGUUAAUUUUAUCUAUUCACUUAUAAUAUAAAUGAUACAAAUAUUAUUGAAUCAUGUAUUAAAUUUCUCAAAUAUAUGAUAACAUUUAUUUUUGUUACAGUUAA